AUGUCAGGGACUUUUAGUGUGGAUAGCAAAACUAAAGAGUUUCAGCCUUUGUAUGAAUUCGGCUCUAACUAUGCCCCUCGAGUAUCUUAUCACAUAAAUCCUGAAGUAUCACAUUACCACUAUGGAGUACGACAUCCUAUGAAACCCUUUCGCUUGAUGCUGACGGAUCAUUUAGUCUCGGGGUAUGGACUACACAAAAUCAUGGAUCUAUACAAGACUAGAAAAGCCACUGCAGAAGAAAUGGAAGAAUUUCAUUCGGAAGACUACGUUAAUUUCCUUUCAAAAGUAACACCAGAGAAUUUGAGUAAACUUCCGAGAGGUACCUUAGAGAAAUUUAACAUUGGUGAUGAUUGUCCGAUUUUCCCAAAUAUAUUCCAGUACAGUUCAUUGUACACAGGGGCAUCUCUUGAUGCUUCUAGAAAGUUGAUAAAUAACCAAUCAGAUAUUGCAAUCAAUUGGUCAGGUGGGUUACAUCACGCCAAAAAGAAUAGCCCUUCUGGUUUCUGUUAUAUUAAUGAUAUUGUCCUGGCAAUAUUAAACCUGCUGCGGUAUCAUCCUAGAGUCUUGUACAUUGACAUCGAUUUGCAUCAUGGUGACGGUGUCCAGGAAGCCUUUUACACCACUGAUCGUGUAUAUACUAUUUCAUUUCACAAAUAUAAUGGAGAGUUUUUUCCAGGAACGGGUAAAAACGAUGAAACAGGUUGUGCAGAUGGUAAGCAUUUUGCUAUGAAUGUGCCUUUAGAAGAUGGUAUCGAUGACGACUCGUAUAUCAAUCUUUUCAAAUCCAUAAUAGAUCCACUAAUCACUACAUUUAAGCCAACUGUUAUCUUGCAACAAUGUGGUGCCGACUCUUUGGGACACGAUAGGCUGGGAUGUUUCAAUCUUAAUAUUAAAGCUCACGGUGAAUGUGUUAAAUUUGUAAGAAGUUUUGGUAUUCCCAUGUUAGUAGUUGGUGGUGGUGGUUACACACCGAGAAACGUCUCCAGAUUGUGGACUUACGAAACAGGUAUUCUGAAUAAUGUUCUCUUACCGGAAGAACUACCAGAUAAUUUACCAUUUAAGGAAAGUUUUGGGCCAGACUACUCGUUAUAUCCAGUUCUAGAUAACUUAUACGAGAAUAGAAACAGCAAAAAGUUCCUGGAAGACAUAAGGAUUAGAUGCUUGGAGAACAUCAGGUUUUUGCAAGGUGCACCGAGUGUACGUAUGGAUGCAGAGAAUAUACCUACACAGGAUAUCUCGGGUCUUACAGAAGAAGAAGAAGAGCUGAUAAAAGAGAUGAACGAGGAGGAUGAGGACUGGAGACUCCAAGAGAUUGAGAAAGAGAACGCAAAGAUGAUGGAACUCAUAUAUUAG